UAAGGGAUCCAGGCGUGCUCAUACAUUCAAGUUCAUACACUUGAAGAGACGAAGUAUACAUUCUGUCCAGGUUGGGGCAGUUGUGUCGAACUACUGUAGCAAUUAAUAGUAUUAGUUUGUUCGCACUAGAGAAACAAUGAGCACAGUACGCAGCAUACUUGUGCUGUUGGUGAUUGUCGGUGCGGGUACGACCGGUGCGAUUAACGAAGACGGACCAUCGAUCUGUGACAGAUGCACGUGCCUGAUCGCCAACACAAGCUCUACCGUGCUGAGCUACGAUCUGCUGGACUGCUCGCGCAAAAACCUACAGCACAUGAUCGGCAGCUGGCCGGAACGUUUCGACACCACCGAUCCAGACCGUGAGAUUGUCCUCUCGCUAUCGUUCAACAAUAUUACCAAGCUGGAGCAGCUUCCCGCCACCAACACGAACCUGGUGUUUAGCUGCCGCCAUUGCAAUCUAGAAAGUCUGGCCGGUGGUUUGUUUAUCGAUACGGCUAACGUUUUACGCGUGGACCUUAGCUUCAACAAGCUUUCCGGUGAUUCACUCGGUGGUGAGGUGUUUCGGGGACAGUACAAUGCGGCAGAGAACGGUGUACCGUUGAUGUUGGACGAGCUGGAUCUAUCGUCGAACGUGAUAACGCAGCUGCAGGAUGAUGCAUUCGCGCAUAUCGUCAGCUUGCGCCAUCUUUCGCUAGCCCGCAAUCCGCUCGGCCAGAUAACGGCCAGCACGGCGAGAGCAUUGGCGCAGCUGGUUAACCUAGAGCACCUGGAUUUAUCGUACGCCUCGCUAACGGAUAUUGAUGAAUCGGUUUUCGGUGAGCUGCGGGCGCUCAGUGAACUCUACAUACAGGGCAAUCUGUUCACAACGAUACCGGAAGCAGUGUACCAGCUGGGAUCGUUACAGUUUCUACAACUGGCCGAAAAUCCGAUUGAAGUGCUUAACUUUGAUCAUCCACUCGAGCAGUUGGUGCAGCUCAAUGUCAGCAGCAUGGCAGUGCUGCAUACCGUCGAGGUUGAUUCGUUUUCAAAUGUUAAGCUACUAAGAACGUUUACGGCACGGAACAAUACGGCACUGGAAGUGUUCGAUUUGACGGUGUUGCAACACGUAUCCUACUUGAAAGAGCUGGAUCUAUCCCAAUCGAGUUUAAAACACCUGCACACACCGACAGCAGCUGAAGCUGCUGUUGCACAGCACGAAGAGGGUGCAUACAGCAACGCACUCGAGGUACUAUUGCUGGACGAAAACCCAUGGCACUGUGACUGUGCGCUGCAGCAGGUGCUUCAGUUUGUACGGUUUGCCAACCUACCAGACUACGACGAGGAGGACGAAACCCGGUGCGAAACGCCCUACAUACUGACCUCGUUACAUCUGUCCGAGCUAACCCACAUCGAGGUGUGCGAUCAGCCGGCACACGAUGCACUGAACAAUGCGAUGUACGAGAAGCCCGCCUUUCUGCGGCCGGGUGCCAUCUUCCUGUCGCUACUUUCGGUAGGCAUCGUGGUCGGUUUGGGCAUCAUUAUAGGGCUCGUCAUCGUGUGCCUGAAGCGGCGGCUCAAGGCACAAGGGUUGGGAUUUACCUCGCCGGUUCGGUACACCUCGGUACGGGAUAGUACAACGUCGGCCGUGUAUCAAACGUACCCUGCCGCCCAGUGAAUGCAAAACCCAGCGUAUGCUUUAGCCCAUAAGCAAACUUUUUAUAGACCAAUGCGAAUCGUUAGCAUAGUUCAUAUCCGGCAUUACAUGAUGUAAUUGUAAACUGUAUUGAGAUUAGUGAUUGAAGUUUUCCGUACAAUAAUAGGAUGCUGUAGUGAAUAUGUUAAACAUUCUUUUUUUUCUAAGCUUUAACUUUCGAAACUUUCGUUGUAACAUUUUCAAAAAUUAACGAAAAAGGAAUAAACACAGCAAACACACCGCCAUUUAAAA